GUCCCGGGUGAGCUUGGCAAAACUAGCAUUUACUUUCAUAAUUAAACUACCGUAUACCAACAUAAACAUGUAACACAGUAGUAUGUUUAAAUAUGAAAAGGCUCAAUCAACUACCAAGAAUAUUUUGCAACAAUCUUAAAUUGACACCUUGUAAUUUGUACAAUUGAUGAAACUAAGGAAUUAUACAUCUGCAGAAGCUUGUUCAUACAAACCUCACCAUCCAUUAUACUGAGAUGUGAGGUGAAAGACAUGUACAAAAUGUGAAUACAGAAGUAGUACAGUAGAUUAGCAGAACAAUAUGACAAGUACGUUCACUACAGUGAAUACAGUUUGACUUACUGAUGGUCAUUCAACCAAGAAUAUGUAAGACACAUGAAGGAACAUUUUCCAGGUGUAGAUGUAUGAUGAACUUGUUAUUUUAUGAGACAAGGGUUGUUAUAAGUUUGUCAAGUCCAUAAAGAAUAUUUAUUAUGUCCACAUGUAAAAGUGCAGCUAAGAAUGAUGGACAAGGAAAGGUACAUUGAAAAUAAAUUACAAAUUUAAUUUAUGUAUCCCAUAUACAGUACUGUACUGGAUAUGGUUGAAAAAUUGUAUAUCCCAGCAGCAAAAUUUUAGAACAAGCUCGAAGUUGAUACAAGACUUAAAAGUUUGAGUGUUGCGGAUAUUGUAUAGUACUACAUCCUGCCUCUUUAUACAUCAUCUUUGUACCUGAAGAAGUAACAUGACUGUCAACACCCAGUAUGUUUAAGUUAACCUUAUUGGCAAAAGUACUGUAUACGUAUUACGUGUUUUAAAGUUGAUCGUAUUGUCAGAAGCUGCCCCCAAUAGGAUCAACACAGUUUAUUAAAGGCAUUCACAUGUGUAAAGGAUUGUACAUACAAAAUCAGUGAACAGUAUAGUCAUGGGGUAACACCUGUCAGUUGGGUGUCAUAUGCAGCAUUAACAUCUCGUGUAGUUAAAGUUCAUCCCCACAAAAGUAUACUGCACAUAGUGUAUUCACACCCAUCUCAUAUUACAGUAUAUCGUUUCACAAUACUAUUAUAGUACUGUUGAAUGUAUUGACAGUUAGUUAAUCCCAUUUGUUUUUUUAAUUGAAUUUUCCUGAUUCCUUCAAAGUCUCUUGAUCUCAUAACUGAAGCUGUCCUCAUUGAGAAUAGUGAGAAAGCUUUACAUUGCAUUGUAUUGUUAUUUAUACACAUGUGAUUGAUUAUAUUAACAACUCUCAUUUAAACAGCAUGGAAGGUUUAAUAUUGUGAUGUGUAUAUGUGGCAUUAUCACAACAUAAUCUUGCAUCAGUUUACUGUUAUUUCUAAUGUAUAAGUGCAAUUUACAAGGCAUUAAGAACUGAAUUCAAAACUCAAGUUGCCUGAAAGCCUCACAAAUGAGAUAGACUGGAUAGUUUUACAAUGGAAGCUCACUCAGAAGAGCAAUCAUUCCACUGUUUAGAGUGCCAGGAAGAAUUUUCACUUGAAACUGAUAUAGUGGACCAUAUGAGAGUUCAUAUGGAAGAAAAACAAUUUCAGUGUACUGAAUGUUAUAAAGAAUUUCCAGAAAAAUUUCUUCUGGUAGAACACAUGAGAGUUCAUAAAAGAAAGAAACCAUUUCAGUGUUCAAUAUGUUUGAAAAAAUUCUCAAAAAAUUCUCAUUUAGUAGGACAUAUGAAAGUCCACACUGGAGAGAGCCCAUUUCAGUGUUCUGGGUGCUUUAAAAGCUUUUCACUCAAAUCCAAUUUAGUAAGACAUAUGAAAGUCCAUACAGAUGAAACACCAUUUCAGUGUUCAGAGUGUCUUAAAGAGUUCUCACACAAAUCAUCACUGGUAGAACAUAUGAGAUUACAUUCAGGGAAGAAAUUCCAAUGUCCUGAAUGUCCUAAAAACUUUAAACAAAAAUCUUACCUAGUAGCACACAUAAGAGUUCAUAGUGGAAAGUACCCAUUUCAGUGUUCUGUGUGUCCAAAGGGUUUUUCAAAGCAAUCUCAUCUAAAAAUUCACACGAGAGUUCAUACAGGUGAAAAACCAUUUCAGUGCUCAGAAUGCAAUACAUGCUUUAAACUUAAAUCUCAUUUAGCAGCACACAUGAGGAUUCAUACAGGAGAGAGACCAUAUCAGUGCCCAGAGUGUUGUAAAGAGUAUGCACGUAAAUCAAACCUUGUGACACAUAUGAGAAUCCAUACAGGAGAAAAACCAUUUCAUUGUGCAGAAUGCUUAAAAAAGUUUUCCAAAAAAUAUGAACUGGUACACCAUAUGAGGACUCAUACAGGAGAGAACCCAUUUCAAUGUCCUGGAUGUAUGAAGAAUUUUUCAGAGAAAUGUUCCCUUGUAAUUCAUAUGAAACUUCAUACUGGUGAGAAACCAUAUAAGUGUCCAGAAUGUCUUAAAGGAUUUUCAUGUAAAGCACAUUUAGAAGCACACAGACGAGUUCAUACGGGAGAGAAACCAUUUCAGUGCUCAGAAUGUUCUAAAUGCUUUUCAGAAAAAUCCGCUCUAAGAACACACAUGAGAGUUCACACCGGAGAGAAACCAUUUCAGU